UUUUUAGAUAGUUAGGUAUUAAUAAAAUGUAAAAAGCUGAUGAAUGCUGAUUGCUGUAUCCUAAUUACCUGCUACUUCAAGAUAAAUUAUUAGUUUUACCUUUGACGGGUUUAAAAGGUUUUAGUUUCUAUUAAACUACAAUAAUUAGUAAAAUCAGCUUGCAACAAUAGGUAGUUUGUGUGUAAAAAAUUAUUUCUUCUUUCGUGUUGUGCUAUUAAUAUGGACAAAGAUACAAUGAUGCCUUUACACCUAGAGCCACUGCAUCCCACUGACCUAUGUGAGAAAAGACUGUGGAUUGGAAAUUUGGACACCAGAGUUAAUGAGUAUCAACUACUAAAACUGGUCCGUGUCUAUGGUAACAUUGAAAAGUUCGACAUGUUGUUUCAUCGUACUGGACCCAAUGCUGGACAACCUCGUGGUUUUGCAUUUGUCACCUAUAAGAUGAGAAAAGAUGCAAUACAAGCUAUGAACUCGCUGAAUGGUCAAAUGCUGGGAUGUAAGAGAAUAUGUGUUAAAUUUGCCAAACAAGUAUCGGAAGACCAAGACAAACCCAAACCAGAAUUAGGUAUACCUGCAUUAACAGCAGCUAAGCCAGAAUUUAAGCUAAGCAAGAAAACUGCAAUCCAAUCUAUAGAAGCUAAACUAAAGAUGAUGGAGAGUAUGAAAGCUGGUGAUGACUUCGUUAUUAACAAACUUGCAGCUCAUGAAACACCUGUGAUAACACAGUACCAAACAAAACAACAACUGCACAACAAAACCGUAAGCUCGUUUAGACGCAGGCAUCCAUAUCACAAGAAAAGAUAAUUUGGAUUACAUUAGUAAUAAUUAUUAGCCAAUAAUGAAGGAUACAUACUGCAAUUGGACGUAGUUCCUGAAAACAGUUUCCAAACCACAAACAUCACAUUUUAAGAAAUUCGUGUUUAAAGUUUAAUAAAUAUUGGUGUAUUCCAUACAUGUGGGUUGGGCUAUUAAGUCAUGAUGUAAGAGUGACAGUAGGGCUGCCAUUUUUUGUCAGUCUGUUAAUAUGAAUCACAUGACCAGUUUUGUGUUCUUAAUUCAAUUCGACAUAAUUGUGGUUUGGAACGUUUUUCUGGAAUUACAUCCAAUUGUUUUAAUUAGGGUUUUGCUGUUUCAAAUCUUAACAGAAUAGUUCAAUUAAGAUUUUAAUUAACAGACAUUAUAAUGGGUAAUGAUGUGUGUCAUGCAGUUAGGGGCCACACUUUCUGUCCAACCUACGAGUAGAUCGCAGUGUGUGUAAACUAAUUUAUCAAUUUGGUAUAAAUCCUACGCAGCGUUUGAAUCUGCAGAGAAUAGACCGACAAUAGAAACUUAUUAUGAAGUCCGCGUCAACCAAUUUUGGCAGGGCUAUGGGCGUGGCGUCCGUGACGCAAUCAAAAUUAACCAAUCACAUGGGUUGUCGCCGAAAGCUGAUAGAACUUUAUAUUAUAAACGACUAAGUGCUAUGAUAAUUGUGUUGUGUAAUUGCCCAGAAGCAGAAUUAUACGCAAUAACGUACGUUUAGUAUUUUCUUUGAUUAACGCGAGUGUUACACAUUUAAAUAAAACACUUUUUUAAGGAUUAAAACGCGUGUAUUUAUAACUGUGCUUUUACACUAGAAUUUACCGUCGUUUUUUUCAACUGCAUUAACCCUGAAAACGUGAUCUGGAAAGGUUUCGAAACGUCGGGUUAUCAAAAGCAAUAAUAAAAUGUAACUUUUUCGCAAAAUCUAAUGUUAAUUAAUCCUUUAAAAAGGGUUUUAUUUGAACGUACGUACGUUAUUAUAUAAACCUUUGUUAUUAGAGGUCGCUUGACCGCUGCGCGGUUCAUGGAGAAAGUUUAGACGUCAAGUUGUUGUUGGUCUAUUAUCUAUGUAUUUGAUGUUAUGGUUCAAAACGGUUACAAAUCUGUCGGUACUAUACCUACACUCGAGGUGAAAGAGGUGCUUCGCGAUGUCGAGGAUGUUAGAGGUGCGUAGUUAAUCUGACCUUGUCAUAGAUUAAUAUUAAAAAAACUAGAUACAUAAGUUGCACUAACAUCUGAAUAGGUUUAUGCACUCCCGAUUUUAUAUUUUCCUAAUUUAUUGUUCUUUUGAUCUGAUUUAGUUUUAUUAAGCAGGUACUUAUAUUGAAUGAGUUUUAUUUGCAUAUUAGUAAUAACUAGUAAUACAAAUAAAUAAUCGUUGGCUGUCUUAUAUUUUUAAUUAUCAAUUUAGAUAUUGUGUUCAUUAGAUGUUAACAUUACACGUUAAGAAUGUAUCUUUUAAUAGUAAAAUAUUUUAAAUGCUUACCUUUGAAAUCAUAAUAUCUUAGAUUUCAAUAUUAGUUUUUGCUUUUCAAAAAUAACGCUUUAAUAAAGAUAUUGUGUUUCAAUUACCUACUUUGUUAUAUUUUUAUGUACUCAUUGUAACUUAAGACUUAAUAUUAUGUGUGUAAUAAACUCAAAUGUUGGAUUAAC